GCCGACUUUUGUUCUCUUUUUUUUUCUUCUGCUCUCUCAGAGCUUGGAGCUUUUAUCUGGUCCAGAUAAAAGGACAUUACUUGCGUCGGUGAUGAAGUUGUUGAAAUAAAUCUUAUUUUCAAGAUCUCGAAUUGUCCUUCUUCUCUUUUUCCUGAAUUUGGGGCACCAUGGCUAUGAAAAUGAAUUCAUCAGACAAUAGGACACGGAGCUCCGUCUCUAUAUUUAUUGUUAUUGGUUUGUGUUGUUUCUUCUAUAUUUUGGGAGCUUGGCAGAAAAGUGGUUUUGGGAAAGGUGACAGCAUAGCUUUAGCGAUCACCAAGCAGACAGAUUGCAGUAUCCUGUCAAAUCUGAAUUUUGAGACCCACCAUGGUGGUGAUGCUGGGGUAAUCGACGAUUCUGAUUCAAAAGCUCCAGUGUUUAAGCCAUGCGAUGCUAAGUAUACUGAUUACACACCCUGCCAAGAUCAAAGUCGUGCUAUGACCUUCCCCAGAGACGAUAUGAAUUACAGAGAAAGGCAUUGUCCUCCGGAGGAAGAGAAGCUGCAUUGCCUUAUUCCAGCACCUAAAGGAUAUGUGACUCCUUUUCCUUGGCCAAAAAGUCGUGAUUAUGUACCCUAUGCAAAUGCACCAUAUAAGAGCUUGACAGUUGAGAAAGCUGUUCAGAACUGGAUUCAAUAUGAGGGCAAUGUGUUUCGGUUUCCUGGUGGAGGAACACAGUUUCCUCAAGGAGCUGAUACAUAUAUUGAUCAACUUGCUUCUGUGAUCCCAAUUGAAAAUGGCACAGUCAGAACUGCAUUGGACACUGGAUGUGGGGUUGCGAGUUUGGGUGCAUACCUGUGGAAAAGAAAUGUAAUAGCCAUGUCAUUUGCCCCAAGAGAUUCACAUGAAGCACAAGUUCAAUUUGCUUUAGAAAGAGGUGUGCCAGCAGUUAUUGGUGUUCUUGGAACCAUAAAGGUUCCAUAUCCAUCUAGGGCUUUUGAUAUGGCUCACUGUUCUCGCUGUUUGAUUCCAUGGCAUGGAAAUGAUGGCAUGUACAUGAUGGAAAUAGAUCGAGUCCUUAGACCUGGGGGCUACUGGGUGUUGUCUGGUCCUCCCAUUAAUUGGAAGAAUAACUACAAAUCAUGGCAGCGUCCUAAGGAGGAACUCCAAGAGGAACAGAGAAAGAUUGAAGAGAUGGCUAAAAGUCUUUGCUGGGAAAAGAAGCAUGAAAAGGGUGAGAUUGCCAUCUGGAGGAAGAGAGUAAAUGCUGAGUCAUGUAGAGGAAGACAAGAUGAUUCUCGUGCUACUAUUUGUGAAUCUAAAAAUCCAGAUGAUGCUUGGUACAAGAAAAUGGAGGUGUGUAUAACUCCUUAUCCCGAGGUUAAUAAUCAAGAUGAAGUUGCUGGAGGAGAGCUUAAACCUUUUCCUGAGAGGCUUAAUGCGGUUCCCCCUAGAAUAGCUGGUGGAUCUGUCCCUGGAGUUUCUGUUGAGACAUAUUUGGAUGAUAAUAAAUUAUGGAAGAAGCAUGUAAAGGCUUAUAAGAAGAUCAAUCAAAUCAUUGACUCGGGGAGGUACCGCAACAUAAUGGAUAUGAAUGCUGGAAUGGGAAGUUUUGCGGCAGCACUUGAAUCUCCAAAACUGUGGGUUAUGAAUGUUAUGCCUACAAUUGCUGAUAAAGACACUCUUGGUGUUAUUUAUGAACGAGGAUUGAUUGGCAUAUAUCAUGACUGGUGUGAGGCUUUCUCUACAUACCCAAGGACGUAUGAUCUUAUUCAUGCCAAUGGUGUUUUCAGCUUAUACAAAAACAAUGCCAGGUGUGAGGCAGAAGACAUUCUUCUAGAGAUGGAUCGGAUUCUAAGACCUGAGGGUGCAGUAAUAUUCCGUGAUGAAGUUGAUGUGCUGAUCAAGGUGAAGAAGAUUGUGGGAGGGAUGAGGUGGAAUGCAAAAAUGGUUGAUCAUGAGGAUGGUCCCCUGGUCCGUGAAAAAGUAUUGGUUGCUGUCAAACAGUAUUGGGUUGUAGGUGGAAAGAACUUGACAUCCUCCUGAUAGAAAUGAGAAAAAGAGGAACCCAAGUAGGAUUGUGAGCAGGUAUUGACAACCCUCAGUUAGGUGUUUGCAGCUCAUGACUUAUUCCUUGCUCACCGGCAUUUUUGUGGAUGAAUAGUUACAGCCUGAGGUUGAGGGUUCUGAAGUUUUCUGAUGUUCAGUUAAUAUUUAUUGAUGUUCUUCGUUGUACUCUCAUAUAGAUUAUCCAGUUCCACUAGGUUAAUGAUUUUGGUUUUCUAUUUACGUGUACUGUAAUCUUUAAAAUAUCCAACAGCCGACACAAUUGCAAACGAGCUUUUGGCCAAAUGGCUGUCUAAAUUUUUGGCUGUUAGGUUUUCUUUCCAUGAUCUGUAAACAGAUUUAUAAUUUCUCAGCGUUCAUAAUUCAUAAAUUGAAAGGAAAUUGCUAACAUGGUGCAGGAAAGUUUUGUUCCU